AUGCUCAGGUCCAGAGAUUAUUCGAGCGUUGGAAAUUGUUGUGUAACUUCUGCGGUAUAACAAGAUAAACUCUCUUACAUCCUCUGUAUUAGAGCACUAUCAGGAAAUGCACCACCUUUUCAUUCAAUAAUAUAAUAUAAUAUAAUAUAAUAUAAUAUAAUAUAAUAUAAUUUUUUCUCUCUUAUUUGAAAUAACAGGUUACCUCCCCUUUCUGCUUUCCCUGUGUUGACCUUUGUAUUUCUGUGUACAGUAUCAUGGAUAUAGAGUGUCAUUGAAGAUGGAAGUGGGAAUGAGAGUCUUCUCAGCCGACAGACAACAUGAGAGGUUGCAGAUGAUGGUUUGAACUUCUCUCCUGAGCUUACAAUGGAGCUACGAAGGAAGAGGAGAACGGUUCAACCCGCAGGUCCUCUGGAUGGAGGCUAUGGCUGGUUCAUAGUGCUUUCCACCUUCCUUGGCUUUGGGCUGACAUUUGGUGUAAUCAAGUCCUUCGGGGUGUUCUUCGUAGAAAUCCACCACUACUUCGCGACCACAGCGACAGCAAGCUCAUGGAUCACGUCUAUCUCUGUGGCAACUGUACAUUUUGGAGCCCCCGUAGGCUCCGCUCUGAGCGCGUACUUCGGCCAUCGGCCAGUGGUCAUGGCGGGGGGUCUGCUGAGCAGCAUUGGGAUGGUGGCCGGGUCAUAUGCCCAGGACCUGCUACAGCUGUACAUCACUGUGGGGUUCCUUACAGGAUUUGGCUAUGCCCUGACCUGGACCCCUACUGUGACCAUGCUGGGCUGGUACUUUGACAAGCGACGGCCGGUGGCCAACGCUCUGGCCAGCACAGGAGAGUGCGUCCUCACCUUCAUCCUCACCCCAUCCUUCCAGUUCAUGGUGGAUCAGUAUUCCUGGAGGGGUGCGAUGCUGAUCCUAGGAGCUCUGCAGCUCAACUUGUGUUUGUGCGGAGCUCUUCUGAGACCCCUCAACAGACACGUUCCUUCUAAAGAGCUCGUAGAGGAGAAAGAGCCCGAGCUGGAGAUGUUACCUCAACCUCACGUAGACUCUAGAAGUUUACAAAAUGGAUCAGACUCAAAAAAAUCGGAUCCACUGAAGGUCAAAAUCAUUCGUUACGUGGACUACACUCUUAUCGCUAAUGCUCGCUUCAUGGUCUACUCAAUGUUUGGUGUUUUCGCUGCUCUCGGCUUCUUCGCUCCAUCUCUCUUUCUGGUCCCGUACGCCCGCAGUCAAGGAGUGGAAGAGUACCAGGCAGCCGCUCUCAUGUCCAUCUCUUCGGCGCUGGACCUGUUAGGCCGGGUGUUAUUCGGGUGGGUGGCUAAUCUGCGGCUGGUCGAGACAGUCCAUCAGCUGAUUGUCACCGUGAUUUUACUGGGCAUUGUUCUGCUGCUCUGCCCAUUUGCAACCACAUUCACCCAGCUUGCGCUGUUCAGUGCGAGCUAUGGACUGGUGUUUGGAGCGACUGUGGCCAUUCACAUCACGGUGCUCGCGGACGUGGUGGGGGUGGAGAGGCUGGGAAGUGCUCUGGGCUUCUUCAUGCUCAUCCGCAGCAGUGGUGGCCUCCUUGGACCACCUUUGGCAGGAAUCUUCAUAGACAAAAUGAGUGACUAUGGCACUGGUUUUCUGAUGGCGGGCGUGGCACUUCUGGUCUCCGCCCUCUUUCUCCUUGUGUUACAGAAGAUGAACAAAAAAGAGACGGGAAAGGUUAAGGACGUCAACUUGGAGAAUAGGAAAGGACAUGAGGAUCUAAAACACAGACGUUUCAGUUUCAGAAAAAGUUAGUAAGAGGAGGCUCAGACAUAACGUGUAAUGUUUCACCACAAAUGCAGUCAUGUAAGCAGAGAUUAUAGUUAAAUGACAUUCAAAAGUGUAAACUGAAAACAUGUCCUCAUGCUGCUGAUAUGCACUGUCUGUCCAUUCGUGAAGGAAACUCUUAAUGACAGCGAGUGAACAGACAUUUUCACCUAAAUAAAGCUUUUGAUGGCUUCUGGGAAGUCUUCUUAGCGUAGCCCUACAGCCGUGCCAUUACAAGCAAUAUUUCAUCAGAUCUAUUGCUCUGGAAAAUGGGCAGUGACUUAAUGGACUAAUGGAACUGACUCAGUUUAGCUGCAGCCAAAGAUGAUCACAUGCAGUCAAGAACAAUAUCUGCAGCAAUUUCUUGUGUGACAUUAAGAAUGUAUUUUAGUCUGUCUGGCCAAAAUUGCUCAAAUUUGGGUUGGACUUUGGCGUCUCCAGGUGUCAUCUAAAUCCCACAGUCUUCUCAAUGAGAAAACGUUCUCAUUUAUCGCCCUCUGAAGGUGAGAAACUGGAAAUGCAGGAUAGAUGGCUACCGUGAAACUGUAAAUUACCUAAUUUCCACAUUAUUUGUUUUAUACAUAUUAUAAAUAAGCUGUUUUUUUAAUGUAUAAUCUCUAUUAGAUUAAAACGGCUGUUUAUUUUACAUGUAGCAACUGUCACAUCAGUAAGUCAAGAUUAAAGUGACUAAGUGCAUAUUUAAGAGAGGAUAAAACGAAAAAAAAGGUCCAUUUUGUUUUGCUAAAAAACAUCUUAGUAUAGCUUGAUCCUGGAUCUGUGGGAGAUAAAUGUCUUUCUGAAGGCAUAGACUAAAAACACAGGCACAUCCUGCUGAAGAAAACCACACGAUAGAUAGCAGUGUCUAGAUCUUUCCUGUUUACACUGUGUGAUGAAACGGUAACCAUUCAAAGCCAAACCAUCUUUAUAAGACAUCAAAGCAUAUUUCUCAUCUCUCCUCUCUUCACAAUAAUCUGUUCCCAACAUCUGCACUUUGAUGUAUUUUAUGCAUGCUGGUCUGUGUGUAUCACAGAUAAAUAAAUGGCUUUUUAAACUGGGGGGAAAAAAGAAAUAAAUGGAAAAUAACAGAAAUAAAAUUCAAUAUGCUUGUUAUUUUGCAUGAAUCUGAGAAAGCAAACCUUCUGCUAGACAAUAAAGAGCCUUCAGUGGCAUACAAAUUAAAAA